UCGGCGAGCAGCUACGGCUGCCUACGCGGGCCGCGGUGGGUGAUGGGAAGAUGGCGGCCAGCAGCGGCGGCGGCCUGGGCGAUGUCUGCAAACACCACGCGCAGCUGGGGAUCUGCGAGUCGCGCGCCAAGUACCGGGAGGGGCGGAGGCCGCGCGCCGUGAAGGUUUAUACUAUCAACUUGGAAUCUCGUUAUUUACUAAUACAAGGAGUUCCUGCGUUAGGCGUUAUGAAGGAAUUAAUUGAACAAUUUGCAUUAUAUGGUGCCAUUGAAGAAUAUCAUGCUCUAGAUGAAUAUCCAGCAGAGCAAUUUACUGAAGUUUAUCUGAUAAAAUUCCAAAAACUGCAAUGUGCAAGGGUGGCCAAGAAAAAAAUGGAUGAACGAAGUUUCUUUGGUAGUUUGCUGCAUGUGUGCUAUGCUCCAGAAUUUGAAACAGUCCAAGAAACUCGGGAGAAGUUGCAGGACAGAAGAAAGUAUAUAGCAAAAGCAACAAAUCAAAGAGAGUGCUUUCUGUUAAAGAAAGUAGAGGGACCUAAGAAGACAGUCUCAAAGAACUCUGAGCGUGACUGUCCAUGGAGUACAUCAGGAUCAUGUGCAGCCAGUAACUGGGAUCCAUCCUGCUUUACAAGUUCUCACGGGGUAUCCCACAACACAGGCUGUGCAUCAGGGAAUCAUAAUCAGAGCCUGUUGGCAUUUCCCCAGUAUGAUAACAGUUGUGCUGAAACUUCUGGGUACUUUGGUCAAAACACAUCCCUAACUCUAAGUGUACAUCCAGGAGGACAUACUCCACCAACUUCCUUAAUGCAAAGAACGGUUCUGAUUGAUAAUGGAGUUGAUAGGUUCAUGCCUCGUACAACUCACCUGCAGGAACGUAAGAGGAAGAGGGAAGAAGGUAACAAGUUUUCCCUCAUUGGAACAAGUGUGGACAGUACUGAAGUUAUUAUUGGUCCACAGCUACCAGAAGUACCUAAAGUGGAUAUGGAUGAUGAUUCACUGAAUACUUCAGCUACAUUAAUUCGAAAUAAACUGAAAGAGGUAGCAGAUUCUGUUUCAAGAACUUCUGUGCAAAAGCCAGAGAGUAGCUCAGCCAAACCACUUGUAAAGCAGAGAAGAAGAAUAUAGAUACUGCUGGCAGCAUCUUCCAACAGUAAUUUUUUUAAAGGAUGUAGUUUAAAAUACUUAUUUUUUUUUUUAUGUUAAAAAUAAAACUAUUUUAUACUGUAUUUCCAAGCAAUUCCCUGUUAAAAAUUGUGUCUAUUUGUUUCCUGGAAUGAACAAACCAGUAUAAUAAUAUUGUUGCAUCUUGUUCUGUGUACCUUGUACUACAACAUAUUUAAUAACUCAUUGAAGAACUGUAUUUAGGUAGAGUAACAGAAGUAAAUUCUAUUUAUUCAGUACCUUUUACAGUAAAGGAAUACUGAAACUUAGUAACAGUUUCAAGUUGCUCCUACUUUUACUAUAC